AUGGCGUUGAUAUCCUCCGAGAUUCCUAUUUCUCAACUCAGGUUCUACAUCUCAACUGCGUUACGACACGGGGCCACGGCAUCAGAGAUUCAAUAUCUUAUCAACCAAUCGAGCGCGUUCUAUGGGGUCCCUCGAGCACUUACGGCGCAACAUCGUGUGGCAGAGGUAUUGGCACAUUUCCUGAAACGAAGCCCCUAUACCGAAGAGCGAGUCCAGGUCAAUGAUCACUCCACCAUCGUCCAAGACUCCAAUCCAGAGAGCAAUGCGGUGCCCAUCAUCCUCAUCCACGCCAUCGGUCUCGAUCGAAGAAUGUGGAAUGCUGUAUUCACGCAGCUCACAAGCCAGGAUCAAAGUAUUCGCAUAGUCUCCUACGAUCUCCGUGGCCACGGUGCUGCCUCGUCCGCCCCGCCAACUCAAUCCCUCGCACAUCUGGCCUCGGAUCUACGGGACUUGCUUAACAAACUCGACAUCCUCAGAGCAGACAUAUACGGACAAUCCUACGGAGGAGCCGUUGCACAAUACUUCGGUCUCAACUAUCCACAUUACACACGAUCUUUGGGUCUGGUAACUACGGCUGGCGAAUUGGGCAGCCGCAUGGCGGGCUAUGAGUGGUCUUGA